UUAUAUCUGUGCGGGGUGUUGUGUAACUGAACGAUAAGAUGUGUGGAUAUGUUUUGUGGGGCUGCAGUGUAUAUAUGUAGGAAAGAACUGCAGAUGCUGAUUUAAACCGAAGUGGAGUGUAUAAUGUAUAUAUGUUGUGACUAUGUGUGGGUGGAGCUAUGUACAUGGCCUAUAUGGUAUAUGCGUGUGUGUUGGUGCAUGUUAUGCAUUGCAUUAGUGUGUGAGGUGGGUGUGGUGGCGGUGGAGUGGUGUGUGUGUGUGUGUGUGUAUUACACGGUUAACAAUGGAUUGAAGGUCUUGCAGUUGGAACCCAAUGAUUCUCACAGACCAUGAGCCAUGGGGAUCCCAGGCGGGGCUUAUUUAAAUAUCGAAUCUGUCAAUGUGCGAGGAUGUAUAUAAACAGCUGCUUUCAUCUGAUUCCCCUCGACUUCAGUUAUGAAAUUUAAGCGGAGAUUAAUGCGCCGGGAUCCCUAUAAACAGAGCAGUCAAAACAAAGUGGUCUCGCCUGUUAUUAUACACGAGGGGGCUGCAUUGGGAGACUUUCCGUAUCAGAGAGCUGGUUAAUAAAAAGUGCUCGCGGUUCUAAUUGCUCGGCCGCCCAUGACUCUGAUGGCCGAGGUCGGCAGCUACCUGGGAUCCGUGGACGCAGACAUACACGCCGUUUCUCUUGGGAAUAUGCCCGUGCUAGUGCAGGCCGAUUCCCCCGGCUUCCUGAACGAGAGGCUCGGGCAGAUCGAGGGCAGGCUGCAGCGCGGAUCACCCACUGACUUCGCCCACCUCAAGGGCAUCCUCAGGCGGAGGCAACUGUACUGCAGGACCGGCUUUCACCUGGAGAUCUUCCCGAACGGAACGGUGCACGGCACCCGGCACGACCACAGCCGCUUCGGGAUCCUGGAGUUCAUCAGCCUGGCCGUGGGCCUGGUCAGUAUCCGCGGGGUGGACUCGGGUCUCUACCUGGGAAUGAACUACAGAGGCGACCUCUACGGGUCGAAAAAAUUAACACCCGAGUGUGUCUUCCGGGAACAAUUUGAAGAGAACUGGUACAAUACCUAUGCAUCGACCUUGUAUAAACACGGGGAUACGGGGAGACAUUAUUAUGUGGCUCUGAAUAAAGAUGGAACUCCACGGGAAGGAUACAGGACUAAACGACAUCAAAAAUUCACUCACUUUUUACCUAGACCGGUGGAUCCUGAAAAAGUACCUGCGUUAUACAGAGACCUCUUUAACUAUAGUUGAUAAAUUCCACUGCCCUGCAUGCGUUGUACAUACCCGGGGGCUUCAGCUAUUCGGGGGAGCAGUGCAAACGACAACCUCGUGGCCAUUUUGAGACGACCACUAUGGUUGAAUUCAUUACCACUACUAAUACUAUCAAGCCAUUAUCGAGUGCACAGUUCCAGGAUUUUCUUUUAUACUCACACACCUAUAUUCUCCACUGAAUUUUGCUUCUAGAUGAUGGUUGAGGAGGAGAGGAACAGAGCCUCGUAGACAAUGGACACUUUUAUUGCUGGAGAGAAACGAAAGGCCACUAAGUGGUGAUUAACGCUGCUGCAAAUAAAGGAGCUUUGAGCUAAAAUAUAUAUAUUUAUCAAAAGUUGAUAUAUUCGGGAUCUGUGGAUGAGAACCUGCUGAAAGCUGUUAUUUACUAUGCGACAUGGAAGACAAGAGCCAACAGGAUAUAAGGUUCCCCGUCUUUGGAAUGGGCUAAAUUUACCAUGGACACUGUACAAAUCAACAAUAAACUAUUUAUAGAAAUGUCAAUAUUAUAUUUAUUUUAUAUAUUUAUUUAUUACAUAGACUAUAUUUUUAAUGAUAAUGUAUAGACCAGAUUGCUGUCUGGAAGGAUUAGAUCCUAUUGAAAUGUAAAUGACCACUUUUUAAGUUAUGAAGAUCUAUGAAUGUUGAGUUUGACAAUAAAAAAAUACUUCGUUUAAAGCAAAAAAAAAAGUAUAUUGUACAAUUAACAUUGCUUGUUCACUCUUAAUAAAAGAAAUUAUUAUGAUGGAAAAUUCUGCUAAAUGUAAAUUUGUUACAAAUAUUCCCCCCAAAAAAUUUAACGUAGCAAUUAUGUGCUAAUAUUUUUUUAAAUGCAGUUUGCAACUCCUCUUUGUAUUGGUAUUCAGCAUAUUUGGCUGUCCAAUGCUCACCUUCCUCCUCUAUGGAUAAGUUCCACAGAGAUGCUUGCAUUCCUAUACAUUUGGAAUCCAAUGAAAGUUGCAAAGUAACAAAUUCGCCUACAUAUUUUUAGAUGGCAUCAAUUUUGUAGAUUUUUCCAACCAUGUCUUAGGUUAUCGAUAUAUUGAUAUAUUUCAUUGUAACAAUUUACAAUAUUCAACCUCCUUUGGAAUGGAAUCAAAUAUUAAAAAUCCUCUCCAUCACAGGUAACACA